AUGGCUGCGUCCAUUGCCAUCUUGCUCGGCUUGGCCGUUUCUGCCGUUGCACAAUUCCCCCCUGAGCCCGUUGGUGUGAAGGUCCUGCAGUCUCGCUUUGGCGAGGGAGUCACCAUCUCGUACAAGGAGAACGACCUGUGCGAGACCACGCCUGGAGUGCGAUCGUACUCUGGCCAUGUCUAUCUGCCUCCCGGCACUGCAGACCUCGGUCAGGGUCAGGACUAUCCUAUGAACACGUUCUUCUGGUUUUUCGAAGCUCGCAAUGACCCCUCGAACGCACCGACUACCAUCUGGCUCAACGGCGGUCCAGGAUCUUCCUCGAUGUACGGGCUGUUGGAAGAGAAUGGUCCUUGCUAUGCAAAUCCCGAUAGCAACUCCACUCAUCUUUCUGAGUGGAGUUGGAACAACGAGUCGAAUAUGUUGUACUUGGAUCAACCGACUCAAGUUGGUUUCUCUUAUGACACGCUGCAGAACGUAACUCGAAACCUCCUGACUGGCGAGGUGACAUUGCUGAAUGCUACGGAUCCGGUACCUGAGCAGAACACCACGUUCUUGACUGGAACUUUCCCCAGUCGUGACCCAAACAACACAGCCUUCGGCAGUGUGAAUGGUGCCGUUGCUGCGUGGCACUUCACACAGGCAUGGUUCCAAGAGUUUCCACACUUACUUCCAAACGACACACGUCUAAGUCUUGCUGCUCAAUCAUACGGCGGUCGCUAUGGACCAGCCAUGUUUCGUGUAUUCGAGGAGCAGAACCAGCGAAUCGAGAAUGGCACAUGGGAUGGAGGCGAAGGCGAGCAGUUCAUUUUGCACCUCGACACGCUUCUCAUGAUCUCGGGAUGUAUCGACCGCUAUGUCCAGUACCCAUACUACCCGCAGCAGGCCUUCCGCGAUAAUGGCUACGGCAUCGAAGCCGUCAAUGAGACUGUCUACAACUCAAUGGUAGAGGCUGUGCCGGAAUGUCUUCAGCAGAUCCAGUUAUGCCGCGACGAAGCAGCUGUGUCUGAUCCUGAGAACUUAGGGAUCAAUGCGACCGUCAAUUCUUAUUGCGAGGAUGCUGAAACCUUCUGUCGUACGAACAUCGUUAGUCCUUACACGCAGUACUCGGGCUUGGACUACUACGACAUCUCGACUCAGUCGCCUCCUCCUUUCCCACCGCCGUUCCACGAGGGUUUUCUGAACCAGCCGUGGGUGCAGUCCGAAAUGGGCGUGCCGCUCAACUGGACGGGUAACUCACCCCAGGCUUCCGGGGCAUACCGAGAAAUUGGUGACUACCCACGCGACUCGUGGCUGGACGACCUUGCAUUUUUACUCGAUAAUGGCAUCAAGGUCUCCCUCGUCCAUGGUGACUUGGAUUUCGCAUGCCCCUGGGCAAGUGGUGACGCCGUCGCAAAGGCGAUCAACUGGACCGGAUCCGCAGGGUACGCAGCCGCACAGUACGCCGAGAUCCAAACCAACGACUCCUAUGUUGGCGGGUUAGUGCGCCAACACGGCAACCUCAGCUACAUCCGAACUUACCAGGCCGGCCAUGCCAUUCCCUCGUACCAGCCAGAGACAGCUUACAAGAUAUUCACUCGUGCCCUGUUCAAUCUCGACAUUGCUACCGGUACUGUGUCGUCAGCUGGCAACUACACAAGCACAGGCCGAGAUGAUCCGAAUGUGCAGCUGAUAGCCACACCACAGGAUCUCACGUACUGCUACACUUGGAACAUCGGUGGUUGCUACGAGUGGCAGCAGGAUGCGAUAGCGAAUGGCACUGCUGAGAUUUGCAACUACAUCUUCGUCGAUGCCAACUCGACGAAGCUAUUCCCGGAAGUCAUUGCGAAAUGCCGUGGUGAGAGCCAUGACGGAACGAGUUCUGGCAACAACAGUCUCCCAGUGCCCGAGUUCGAAGGUUCAGCUGGCACCUUGACCAGUGGCGGACUCUUUUCCACUUCGAUCAUCGGCCUUGUUGUUCUGGCAUUCGUCAUCUAG